CGAGGACAUCCGCCGACAUGACAGACGUGAACACCCCAACGUCCAGCAACUGAUUCUGAAGCAUCUUUCCAUUCCCAAUAACUCGAUAUCAAUUGUUCAACCAUGGAGACUAAAACCAUCGUACUCGUCACCGGCGCUAACUCUGGCAUCGGGCUCGCCGCAAUCCGCUCAUUCUGGUCAUCUCCAAAAGACUACCAUAUCCUCGCCGCCGGUCGCACUCUCCAGAAAGUUCAAGAUGCUAUUAGUCCGAUCCGCAGCACGCCCUCUCCAGGCAUCAGCACCAUCGAAGAAAUCGAACUCGAUAUCUCAGACGAUGCCUCGAUCGCCAAAGGCGUCGAAUAUGUGCGGAGCAAAUACGGCCGCCUUGACAGCCUCGUCAACAACGCUGGAGGCGGCUUCGACACCGACUACCAAAAUAACACAAUGUCGCAACGCGAAGCGUGGACCCGUACCAUGGACCUAAAUGUCAGUUCCCCGCAGGUCAUGACAACGGAAUUUGCGCCGCUCUUGUUGAAAUCUUCUGAUCCAAGACUGCUUUUCAUUACGAGCGGAAUGUCAUCUUUAGAGGAGGAAAGCAUGAGGCAAACACCCGGCGAAGACCGCAAACUCCCGUUUGGUGCCGGGUGGCCGAAGCCCGAGAGAAUGGCUGCGACGAACGCUUAUGCGUAUCGUGUUAGCAAGACCGCACUGAAUAUGAUGUUCCUGCACUGGGUGCGAUUGUUCGAGAAAGAUGGCGUUAAGUGUUUUAGUUUAUCACCGGGUUUUCUCGCGACGAAUCUGGCCGGAGAUCCUUCGAUCAUGAAGAAGGCGGGUGCAGGUGAUCCCAGUCUAGGCGGUGACUUCAUUCGCGAUGUUGUGGAAGGGAAAAGGGAUGAGCAUGUUGGGAGGGUUAUUAGACGGACAAAUGAUAUGUAUGGGAAGCGAAACAAUUUCGUUCAGCCGUGGUAGUUGACUCGCGGAAGCCGUCCGAGCUCGUUAAUAUCCGAAUCACCUGUCCGUCUGCAUGGCUCACCCUCGUAUUUAAACAAAUUUAGUGUUCGUUUUUCUGCUACGGGUUUAAAAGAUGGCUAGACGAGUGU